CCAUGGCAGUAAAAGUUUAAUGUAACCUGCCGGAGUCAAACAGCUCACUCAAUCUGCCUUGAAUCGGAUCUUGGAGCUGGAAGCUGACUCCAAAAUAGUGACUAUCUGCAUCUUCACAGCUAAGCUUGCAAUGCCUGGAACCCGGACUGUUUGUUACUAAGUUCAGCUGUCGACUCAACGCAUGCCCACAUUAAUGGGCUCCUGACAACAGAAUUCAAGUUUUUUUUCCCUUUUAUGUAAAGAUCAAAUAAGCAGAAUAAUGAACCAGGGAAUCUGGAAAGUUUACAAAAGCAAAGUACUGAGAAGUUUCACAGCUGAUGAAGAGGAAGACGUAAAAGAACAGAACAAUGACACCGUGAUUGAUAUGACUACAGAGGAAGGCUCCAGUUCUGUCUCACAGUUGGCAAAAAAGGUACAAGGGGCCAGUGCAAAAGGAUGGAAAUGCAUGUCCUCUCUCUUCAACAAGGAUGAUGAACACAAGUUACUUCCAGCUGAGAACACAGCCCCAGUCGAACAUGUCCUUUCAGAGCCGGCGCCGAAAGAGCCCGAGAAGAAGCUAACCGGGUUCUGGGACGCCUUCGCCACCAAAUGGAACCAAACCUCCGAGGCCAACAAGGUCAGCGACGGCGCAGGAGAAGGCGAGGCCGAGGCGGCUGCAGGCCCCGCACUCACUGAAGAGGGAGGCGGAGGGACCGAGAAAAACGCCAGUCCCGGGGCAUACACCAACCUGGAGGCGUCCAGCGACCCCGGCUUCAAGUGGAACUUUGUCACCAGCAAGUUGGCGGAACUGAAAAACAGAAGUAUGCAAAAAAGCAACUAGGCACACACCCACGGGGAGGGGGCUCCUGAAAACAGACAGCACAGGGAAGUGUGAUAAGAACAACACGAAAUGAGACAAAAUCCCGUUAGAUAGCGAUGUCGGUGUAAAAUAACAGGAAGCUGUGUCAAUAAAAGCCGGGCGCUGCUGUUUGAAAUAA